AUGGCGCCAGUGCACAGGCACGCCUAUCGCUGGGUCCGGCCCGACGUCUACCCAUUGUUUGCUGCUGUUGGAGUUGGAGUGGCCGCAGCGGCCGUGAUCAUGUCGAGGAAGCUAACCGCGGAUCCUUCUGUGACUAUGUGGCGGUCCAUGCGCGGGAAGGAUGUGAACGAGGAUCAGGCAAACAAGUACAAUGACAACGUGCUGCGACGCAUGGUGCAUGGCCGCCCUAUUGCUAUUCUGCCUGACUUCAAUCGCGACAACAAGGAGAAGGAGAAUUUGAGUCACGCAUGA